UGCCGGGGAAUCGGCGAUAUCGUCGGGUUUUGGCCGUUUGGUGCUUUCUGCAACGUAUGGGUGGCGUUUGACAUCAUGUGCUCCACUGCCUCCAUCUUGAACUUGUGUGUGAUUAGUGUAGACCGUUACUGGGCCAUCUCAAGCCCAUUCCGCUAUGAACGCAAGAUGACCCCAAAAGUGGCAUGUCUGAUGAUAAGUGUAGCGUGGACCUUGUCGGUCCUUAUCUCCUUCAUUCCUGUUCAGCUUAACUGGCACAAAGCUCAGACCACCAGCUACGCAGAGCUAAAUGGAACAUACAUCGGCGAUCUGCCCCCUGACAACUGCGACUCCAGCCUUAACAGGACCUACGCCAUCUCCUCCUCUCUUAUCAGCUUUUACAUCCCUGUGGCUAUUAUGAUCGUCACUUACACCCGGAUCUACCGCAUUGCCCAGAAACAGAUACGGAGAAUAUCUGCCCUGGAACGGGCAGCAGAGAGUGCCAAAAACCGUCACAGCAGCAUGGGGAAUAGUUCGAGCAUAGAGAAUGAGAGUUCAUUCAAAAUGUCGUUCAAACGAGAAACCAAAGUCUUAAAGACGCUCUCAGUCAUCAUGGGAGUGUUUGUUUGCUGCUGGUUGCCCUUCUUCAUCCUUAACUGCAUGGUUCCGUUCUGUGAGCCGGACGGUGCCACGGACUUGCCCUGCAUAAGCUCGACCACCUUCGAUGUGUUUGUGUGGUUUGGCUGGGCAAACUCCUCGCUUAACCCCAUCAUCUAUGCCUUCAACGCCGACUUCCGCAAGGCCUUCUCCAUCCUCCUGGGCUGCCACCGGCUCUGCCCGGGGAGCAACGCCAUCGAGAUCGUCAGUAUUAACAACAACAUGGGCGCCCCUACCUCGAACCCCAACAAUCAGUAUCAGCCCAAGGGUCACAUUCCAAAGGAGGGCAACCAUUCAGCCAGCUAUGUGAUCCCCCACAGCAUCCUGUGUCAGGAGGACGAGUUACAGAAGAAGGAUGGAUGCGGAGGGGAGAUCGAGGUGGGCAUGGUAAACAACGCCCUGGAGAAACUCUCCCCAGCUAUCUCUGGGAAUUUAGACAGCGAUACUGAGGUCACACUGGAAAAGAUCAAUCCCAUAACACAGAAUGGACAGCAUAAAACCGAAUCAUGUUGAGAAAAGGCAAAGAUGGAUCGGAGUACACCGAGGCAUGUAUGUACGCACAAAGGGAAGAAACGCUUACACAGAAGGACAGCAAAAUUAAAAAAAGAGACAGAUAUCUUUAAAAAAAAAAAUGCCUGACAGGGAAACAGUGAAUGGGAUAUACAGGACCUUAAGACUGUCAACAAAAAGCCACAUGGAAAUACCUACAGAAUGUUUUAAAGUAAAGGCACUUUAUCCUGGAUAUAACUAUCUGCAAAAUACUCUCAGCAUUAAUUGAUGAAAUUGACACAUUUGAUGAUACAUGUUGAUAAUGUGAAUAUUAAAGCCGAACACUAGCUAUGUGCACAUGUAUACAUUUUUUUAAUAUUUACAAAGAUGUAUACAUUUGCAUGUGUAUACUGUACAGUACUGACACAGUCCUGGAAGGACUUAAACACAGUAUACAGUGGAGAAAGAUGUAGUAACUAUUAGCAAAAUGUCUUGUAGGUAGGUGUUUUGUAUGUGUUUCAUGCAAGAGAGAGCAAUGUGAGAGAAUUGGUUUGGGUACAGUAUAAUUAGUUGUUUAUUGCAGUUAUUUCCCUUCAGUAAGUUUUUCAUUGUAAUAUUUUAUUACAAAAUCAAGCCACUUGUAAUGCAGUGGUAAUUUAUUUCAGUUAAAACUGCUUCAGACACCAAAGUAACAAUAUUCUGAUUUAAAUUAAAACAGGCAGGGGGCAGAAAAUGGAGUUUAAUACCAUAAGCCAAGUUGUCAUAUAUUUAUAAAUAUUUUAUUUUUACACCACCCUAUCUACCAAUUUUAUCUUGCAGUAUCUCCAUAUUGGAAAACAUCACUCCUAUGGUCUACUUUCCUUCCCUUGUAUCCUAUUCUGAUCUAUCCUCAGUCAUGCCCACCUAGGACUGAUCCGACAGACUCACCCAAAGUUAUCUCCAUUACUUCUCCUCACUCCCUGUUUUCAUUGGUCUCCCUUCUCUGCUGCUCUUCAGAAAAACCUCUCUAGGGCCCUACAGUCUUCUCUCCUUUCCAUUUCCCUGCUCCCCUUUCCUCAGACAGCAAAGUCCCUUCCUCUCUCACGCUGACAUUGUUUCUUCAGCGUUGUCAACCUUUUCUCUCCUCCCCACCAUUCCCUCAGUCAGCAUGGUCAUUUACACCUGCACCAUACCUUCUUUUUGUGUUUGUGUUUGUCUGUCUGCCUCCUCCUCACCGUCUCCUCUGGCAGCCCUUCAUUUUAAGUCUUUACUCUGCCCACUUAAAGUGGUACUGUAGCCUACUUAUGGUUCUAUUUUGGUCAAUGCUGUCAAUCCAUAAUUAAAAAAGAAUGUAAAUCUGUAAACCAAAAAUCCCGCAGUUGGACAGAGGAGGCAGCAGUGUUCAUUCAGCCGUAAUGCAAGUGACACUUAGCGACCUUUUGCAAACUUGAAGAUAUCUGAUUUUGUAAAUUGCUCAUGCUGGGAGCCAUGUUGUGCUGUAGUGACGAUGUGGAGCAUGCAGUGUGACAGUCGCUCUGUUUGCAGGGGUUGUAUCCAAAACCACCACUAUGAGGAUUACCUUCAAGAUAUCAAACAUAUUUGUAUAACCACUCUUUUUCCAGGCAUCUGCUUUUGCGCUCUAGCAUUUAAAAAAAAUAAAAAUACAAUUAGAAAUUAGCUGUUGAGGUUAGUCAGAAUAAAGCUUUAAUGUUACUCCCUAUGAAUGAAAUUAUUUUAUACCACAUUAGUUCUAAAACUACAUUUUUUUUUCAAGCUUUUUAGAUUGAUACAGUAUAUUACAGUUAUUUUACAAAAGAUAAGCAUUUACAAUAGGUAGUUUCACAUUUAAGGUGAAGUUUGAGUUUAAAGUGAGACUUUGUUACAUUUGUAAGUAUUGUAUGUGAUAAUGGAAAAUGCUAAAACAUUAGUAGAGUAGAGUCAUCAGUGACUCUGUGAUGUCCAUAAUACAGCUAAAUCAAUCUAUAGUUUGCUAACAUUAGUUAACAUUAGCCACAAUAAGCUACUGGUAAUACCAGACCAAGUAAGGCUUUCCUUUGUAAGAGGAAAAUGUUAUUUCUUCUUUCAAAAGUUACAUAGUGUUGCUUUAAGUUUACGUUUUAUGCAUUGUAUUUGUAGCCAUUAAAAUCUAAGGACAAAUAACAUAAGAAUAUGAUAUGCAAAGUCUAUGCAUGGCACACAAUCAUCAAACAUGAUUAGCUUUUUUAGUCGAAGCCUGUAAAGCUACCUUUUUGUUGUGUUUAGUGUUGCUCAACAGCAUGCUUUUGGACAUUGUAUGCUGAGCGUCCACCAUGUGCUGUGUGUGUGCAUUUAGGCGUGAAACUGUUGCACAUCAGAGAAAGGAAGAGCUAAUCCAAUAGAAAGCAAUUGGUCUUGAACGAAGCAUUUGAUUUUCCUGCUCUGGAAAAUCCAAUGCUAUCUAGAUGGCAACAAAGGGGGGGGGGAGAGCUUUUAGCUCAAUAUGGGGCUUGGCUUGUGAUAUAAAAGCAACUCAUUGUCCUAUCUGCCUCCCUGUCCUCAGCUACUGCUAGCUGCUGCUCCAUUACUUUAAAACUGACAUUCACAAAGUGAAUUUGGAUUAACCAUCUUUUAUAAUGAAUUAAUUUAAUUAAGAGCCACAAUAUACUAUAACGUCCCUCUUUACUCCUUUGCCUUUUAGAAAUUUUCAACCAUAUCAGCUCAGUAACCCUCCCCUUUCUCGCUUCAUCAGUAAUUUACUCCCUAAUUUUUUCCAAACACAAGCCAGUUCAAACAUGCGAUAAAACAUGAACUGCACAUAAUCUGUCAGGAUUGGACAUGGAGGGUAACUGCCUUAGGGAAGAUUUGGUUCCCCCCUCCACCCCAACCCCCACCCUCUACCCUUCUUUUUCUCCAUCUCUUUUUAUUUUCUCUUGGCUGCCUCUGUCGACUUGAUGAGUGUUCCCGAUGUUAACAAAGAUUUAAUUUAUUAUUUAAAAGACAGGGCCUACUGUUUCCCUUCUGUAGUUUGAGUUGAUUCGCUGAAUCAAAGCCCCACCUAGACGUUUUAUUAUAAUUACAUUAUUAUUAUUGUUGUUGCCAAAAUUGACAUUUUUGGCUGAAUGUGGCUGUACUGUAGCUUAUGCUGUGAUUAAACCAGUGUUUUUAUAAGCUGAAAUUUUGGGGGGGUAGGGGUAUUCUUAAUGAUAUAGAGAUUAAUCUGCCAUUUGUUGUUGUGACAUCAUUGGCAUUUACAGGUUUACCAGAUGUUUUUCAUAUAUGCUGUAUGUACACAUUUUUAGAAUCAUACCUCUGCUGUAUUUUGGCUCCAUGAAAAAAAAAAACCUGAGCCGUCACCUUGUCAACUCGGUGAGUCAUCUUUCCAGAUGCCACUGCUUUGAUUUUGGAGAAGGGCAAUGUCAGUCGACAGUCCCAUAAGCAAAAUGUUUUGUUUGAUCUGGAGCAUUUCCUCCAGGCUGCCCUACAUGUUGCUUUGGGGAGCAAUGGUGACAUUACAUGGUCUCUCAAUCAGUGUAGUUACAAGACGUAUGACAACUUAAGCAAAUCUGACAGUGCAGAAUCCCUCCUCUUCCUCCACCGGCGGGCCAAGGGACGCAGCAGACGUAGGGACGAACAACACUCCAAGGCCCUGGGAAUGUGGUGAUGAUGUUUCAUCUUAUACAAACUGUCUAGGAUAAUGAUGAAGUCCCUACCUCGACAUCAAUUCAGUUAAAAAGCUUCACGUACAAAAUUAAACUGCAGUAUUUAGGGUUGGGGAGUGCAGGGAUAGAGUAUUGUACAAUGAUGUUCAAAAUGUAGUUGUGAUCAACACAAGUGCUUUUUAUCUUCAAAAAUCCCUAAUGUGUGUAGCAAAUUUACAUGCUGUAUGUUUUCUCCGGUGUGGGAUUAUAAUUUGCAGUAAAAUGCAGCAGUCACUGA